ACCUGGCGAUGGCCGAAGAGUUUGUCCUUGAUAAUCCCGAUCUAAAGCCUUUCGUGCUCUCUGAUGUCCAGCUAACUGGCACAAAAAUCGGCGGCGGGGCCUAUGGCAGAGUGGACGAAGUUGUGAUACCAGUUGCUGCCGCCGCCAAAACCAUCUACACUUUCUUGCAGGAGGGCAUAACAGACGAGAAGCGCAUUCCCAAGGCUGCAACCCAGUUUGUGAGGGAAUGUAAACUAAUGAGCUCCCUCCGUCACCCCAACAUCGUUCAGUUUCUCGGCCUCUUUUUCUUUUCAAACUCGCAGUUGCCCGCCCUGGUGAUGGAGAGAUUGGUCACGAGCCUUCACGAUUUGCUAGAGCCGGAAACGAGUAGUAUAGCGCUCGGCGGAUCAACCGGCCCAUUGACGUUUUUUACCGUUGAUCUGAAAUGCUCUGUUUUGCGCGAUGUAGCCAGUGGGCUGGCCUUCCUGCACGACCAAAAGCCUCCCGUUGUCCACCGCGACCUCUCAGCCCGAAACAUCCUAUUAAGCUCUGAUAUGAAUGCAAAAAUAGCUGAUCUAGGUGUUGCUCGUAUCGUACCACGCAUGAAAGCUGUAGCGACUAUGACAAAGGGGCCUGGAGCUAUAACUUAUAUGCCUCCAGAGGCCUUUGCCCCUGCUUCCACAAAACCUGAAAACUCCAAAUACGACUCCAGCAUUGAUGUAUUUUCUUUCGGAAUUGUCAGCAUUUUCACAAUUGGCGAAAAAUUUCCCUGUGAUCCACUAGAGCCUACGUACAUUGCUCAAGAAAGUGGCUUGCUUACAGCUCGAACUGAACUACAGAGACGCUGUGAAUACAUGCAAAGUGUAUACGACAAGCUUGGUUUUAGAGGCCAGAGUCGUGAGGGCCACCCUCUCGUUCGGUUAAUCACACAGUGUCUGCACAAUGUACCUGAUAAGAGACCAAGUAUCACAGAGGUGCAGCACCUUUUGGAAGAGGCUAGGGCAUGCAUUGGAGGCUGUCGGAGUGAGGAAAACAAGUCUCGGCUCAUUAGUGCCCUUCAAAUCCAUUCUACAAGCCAGAAUUUAGGACAUAUUCUCCAAGACUUGGUUAAAGAGAGUGCCGGUCAUCAGUUGUCAGUGUGGACAAAGGAAAAGGAACUAGUUGAAAUUCAAGAGCGGCUAAAAGCAAAGGACGAAUUGCUACAAUGGAGUGAGAAGGAGAAGCAGACAAUGAGAGAACAACUCACAGUGAAGGAAGCAGAGUUUAGACGAGCAGAGGAGACAGUUAUGCAAGAACAGCAGCGGGUAUUGGAGAUGAAACAGCAGGAGGCUGAGAGAGUGCAGGCCAAGGAAGAGGAGCUGGCUCAUACACAGCAGCAAUUAAAUGAGAAGGAAGAUCAACUAAAGUCCAGUGAAGCAUUAGUGGCCAACUUGCAACAUCAACUACAACAAGCAAAGAUUCUUGCCCCUUACAUUAUUAAAGCUAGUGGACCUGGUCUAGUAUCAGCAACUGUCAAUCAAGCAGCACACAUCCUUGUUGAACUGAGUGAUUACAGUGGUAGACCAUACUCACUUCAUCAGAAUAUCACCGCCACACUUGAGCACGUUUAUGAAGCAACACCCACUAGUAGUAAAAGGUGGCUAUGGUCCAAGAAACCACAUGGCAACAAUGUAGUUGUGGUUACUGCAUCACCCUUCCAAUAUGAUGUGACCUACACGGCAGCGAAACAAGGCAAACACACACUCCGUGUUAAAGUUGACAACAAAGAUAUUGAUAACAGCCCCUUUGAUGUGAUGGUAUAUGCUCAUCCAAGCCAACUCGGUCAGCCAAAGAAGGUUGUGGCAGGCUUAAGCACACCCUACGGGAUUACCUUUAAUAAACAAGAGGAGAUGAUUGUCAGUGAAAUGGUUAGUCACAGAAUAUCUGUCUUUGACCGCAGAGGGCAAAAGGUCCGAGUUUUUGGAUCAAGGGGUGAUGCUCCACAUCAGAUGAAAUACCCCAGAGGUUUAGCAAUCGAUGAUGCAGAUAACAUCUACGUAACCAGCGAACACAGGUUGCAAAAGUUCACCACUGGUGGAGAGCUACUGAAAUGCAUUGGCCAGCGGGGCAAGAAGGAAGGAGAAUUUGAUGAUCCACGUGGCGUUACAGUUCGCAACAACAACGUAUACGUGUGUGACUGUGAUAACCAUCGAAUCCAGGUGUUUUCCAUUAACUUGAACUUUAUCCGAUCUAUCGGCUCACGUGGCAAUGGAGUCGGUGAAUUCGAUGCACCAGAUGGCUUAAAAUUUGACACCGAUGGUAAUAUGUAUGUCACCGAAUCUGGAAAUGAAAGGGUGCAAGUAUUAGAUAGCACUGGCAAAUUUUUACGAGAGUUUGGCCGGGAAGGGAAGGGAAAGCUGGGCAGUCCGUCGGGCCUUCACAUUGCCGACAAGUACGUUUAUGUUUGUGAUCACGGUGAUGAUCGUAUUGUAGUGUAUGAGGCAUCCGGUCAUUUUGUAACCUCAUUUGGAAAACGUGGUGUCAAAGAGGGAGAGUUGUAUGAGCCACGGUGUAUCACUUCAUGUGCUAAUGGUUUUAUAAGUGUAUGUGACUUUACCAACAACAGAGUUCAGAUAUUUUGAAUUUUUUUCCAUGGUUGUGCAAGCAUAUCAUGUACACUAUAAUAUCAAUUUUUGGCUGUAACCUUCUAGGGUGUGAUAAUAAUUUUAUGUCCUAUUUUGGGCUAAAUUAACUACCAGUUAUAUAUUUUGUUCGGCUGUUGUUUAUGCAUUCUAUAGGAUGUCACCCAAAUACAUAAAUGUAAUGUAAACCACUUGCUAAACUUGCAUGUAUAUAG